AUCUAAGCAUUCAGAACGGUAGGAAUCCUACUUCGCGUUCAACAUCAAACAUUCGGAAUUCAAACAAUAUCAAUCGACUUCCAAAGGUUUUACCUGCUAAACGUAACAAUAGCAUUUACGAGGAAACCACUUCAUCAAAACGAGUCAAACAUUCUUCUAAUGACGAACCUGUUAUCGCCAUUAAAGAUGAUGAUGUAUCAAACCCUAUGGAUACGGAAAAAACUUCUGAUACACGAAUACAGCAAGAAGAAUCAAAUCUUUCUAUUCAGAGUUCCUCGGAAUUUGACAUUCGAAAAGAAAUGUUCUCUAAUUCAAUGCUUGUUCAAACUAGUCCUUAUGAAGCGGAAGUCCAGCAGGCUUACGAAAUAUUGUCUCGAGAAAAUGAGUUGGAAAAGGCGUCUUUACUGAAAUCUCGGGAUAAUAUGAUCGAACGAGCUAAAAACUUGGAUUCAAGAAAGGGACUCCUUAAAAACGUGGAAGAAAUCGCAUCACUAAUGGCUUACUUGGCGAGAAAUGAA